AUGAGUGAAGUAUAUUGGUCAUUCGAUGGUAUAACAAACGAUCUUUAUAAUAUUUAUAAUGGAAUAUUAAUAAAUAAUCCCUCAUAUACUCCAAUAUUAUCAAAUCAACCAUAUAUAGGACAAGGUCGAGGACUUAGUUUAUUAUCAUCAUUAAAUCAAUAUUUUCUUGUUUCAACACCAUUUCUUAAUUUGAAUUCAAUAAGUUUUACAAUUGAAUUAUGGAUUUAUCCAAUUAUAAAUAAUACCGAAGAUUAUGGUAUAUUUAGUCAAUGUCAAUGUUCAACAUGUACAAAUCAAUGUUUUUAUUUAAUUAUUAGAUCAUUUCAUUUAUUUGUAAGUUUUAAAAAUAAUGAUUUAAUUAGUAAUAUUAUAUUAAUAAGUAAUACAUGGUAUCAUAUUGCAUUUAUUUAUAAUUAUAAUACAAAAGAACAAAUAUUAUAUAUUAAUGGGAUACAAGAUAACAUUAAAUUAAAUGCAAACUCUUAUCAAAUUACAAAUGGUAUUAUUGAAAUAGGUGCAUCAAAAAUUGGUUUAAUAAAAAAUUCUUUUAAUGGUUAUAUUGAUAAUUGUAAAAUAACAUUACGAACAAAAUCUUCUAUAGAAAUUUUAAAUGANUAA